GCCGCCGCUUGCUUCCGUCUGAGCAAAGUGAAAAAAAAAUGAGAGAUUCCUCGGAGAAAAUGCGUGAGUGGUACAAGAUGGAGCGUGACUUUAUGUUUAAAGUGAGACAAUGUGGUGGGUUCGAUAUCGAGCAUUUGAUGGAAUCAAAACCAGGCUGCUGUAACUUCUGGGCUUCCGAGAUCAUAAAAGAUCAAAUUGCCCCGACGGACAUGGUCCUAUAUGCUAGGUUGGGUAUCCAUAAGUACAAUAUGAUCCAGGGGACUAACUUGCAGCUGCAUGGUGUAGAGAAAUACAAUGCGUACACUAAAGUAGCUUAUUCCAGUCACUAUGUAACCGCAGUUGCAAAGGAUCCAGCUGCCGACGGUUCCCUUGUCACUUUUCAGACCAGUUUUUAUGAAGAAGGCUUUGGCAUCAAGAGGUUGACUUGUUCUAUUGCUAGACCUAAGCCUGGACCACACGAGGAGGAUCAAGCAUCUGAAUCUGAAACUGAAUCUGAAACUGAAUAUGAAUACUCAAGUAGUUUGCCUGAGUGGCCUGGAGAGAAUGCUUUCGAUGAUAAGAAGCAUUAUUACGUGGUGAAGAAAUCAGAGAUUCGAAAAAAUGACUGGAUUCGUCUUUACUUGGAGCUUGCAUUCUACACUGCAAAUAUGACCCUACCAAAUCUUGAUCUGUCGAAGUUGGUCAUUACCAAAGUAGCCGUGUAUACUAGCGACGAGAGCAUCGCUGUGCCAAACGAGAGACUCAACGCCAGAAAUGCAAUCUUCUACAUCAAGUACAAGUACUGGCCACAUAAAAGUAAGGCUCAUCGUGGCUUCAAGACAACACGUGAUCGCAUAGCUAUAGUAAGAAGAAACAUUGAAAAGUUCUCUGGAGAUAUCACUCUCACCUUCGAGGGCACUUGCAAAUGGUGGCGUACUUUUCUGUAGAGCAUAGGAUGGCCAUCCUCAAGCAU